UUCACCUUACCUGUAUCUGAAAAUGGCGAAGUGGCCAAUCACACGGAUUUAUAGAGAGAGAAAGAGAAACACUUCAAUCUUUUAGAGAGAGAACCAAAAUAAAAAAGUUUUUUCUUUUCUUCUUUUUUAGCAACUUCAAUUAACUCUAACUGGAAUGAAAUGCACACACAACGAGGCAAAAAUCUUCUCGUAUUACUGUAGCAGAUUCCUCUCUCUCUCUCUCUCUCUCCUUCUUCAUUUCGCUUUUUCAUCAUUGCAGUUUUCGGGUUCUCUCUCUCUUUUGCCAUCUCUGCCUAAAUCUCUGGUUAAUCUCAGCCUUCUUUUGGGGUCUGAUACGCGCAGGUCUGGUUUGUUUGCUAAGUUAUUUUUGGCUUCCCAUCAAUGAGGCUUGGUUUAAUGAAUACCCAACUGCUCUCUUUUGUUGCUGCUUUUGUUUCUUUCCUUCCUUGAAAACUACUAGUCCUCUGUUUCUCCUGGCUCCGUGCGUGCGUGAGUUGUGACCACCCGGAAGGAAAGUCCAACAACUUCUACAUUAAUUUCCAGUUUUUAUUAUCUGGGUCCUGUCUCUUUCCUGAUUACCAAGCUUACUUCGACUGGUUUUUUAUUUUUUUCGUUGUAAAAUUUCGACCGGCGGUUCAAAAAAGUUGCUCUGUUUUCCACUGCUUUAAAGUUUAAGGCUAGGGUUUGUAGAAGAAAGAACUCCACCUCUACAGUAGGCUUUUACUUCUUUGUUUUCCUUCAUCUUUUCAUCUUCCCUGCUUUGUGCAUUGUGUUCAGUUGGGCGUGUGCUUAUUUUGAGAGAUUAUCCGCGCAGCUGAAGAUGGGAUGUUCAAAUUUUAGAGAAAUUUCAACCUGUUAAAGCUCUUGAACUUUGGCUUCUCGUUCACUCCAAGAGAUUUUGCUUGGUUACUCGUGAAAUGGGAUUAGUUUCGUGAAGUGAGUAGCUCCGUUUUUGGUGCAAAAUGGGCAGCGCAAGCUCCAAACACGAAAACAACGCUCCAUUGCGUCUUUGUAAAGAAAGGAGGAGGUUCAUCAAGCAAGCGAUUGAUUCGAGGUAUGCUCUUGCAGCCGCUCAUGUCUCUUACACUCAAUCUCUCAGAAACAUUGGAAUCGCCCUUCGGCGAUAUGCCGAGGCUGAGGUAUUGAUAGAGUCUUCUCUGUCAACAUCAGCCACUGAGAUGGAGAAAACUCCAUCACAUUCCUCGUACCCGUCUCCAUCACCUUCGCACAUGGUUGAGGCAUCCGAUUCACCACUGAACAAUGAGCACCCAAGUCCCGGACGCAUCUUGCCACCUACGGCGAAUUUGAGCUAUAUGAAAGCCGGGAGUAGUGAUGCUGUUACUGUUAAGAUCAGUCCUGACCUCGGUGAUUUUGUCGAGGACGAUUCGUUAUCAACGCCCAUGCCACCACCUCCUCCUUCAUUUGAGUCUUCUUGGGAUUACUUUGACCCCACUGAUGAUUGUGAGAGCUUUAGGUUUGUGGGGCAUAAAGGGUUGGAUUUGGAUUUUGACGGUGUUAGAGGAUGGGAGCACUUUAGAGGUGAAGGUGUGGUGAGUGGAAGAGGAAAUUGUGAGUUUCCUAAAGGAGUUACAAGCUCUGGAUUAGAGCAGAGGGCAUUUAAGAAAGCUGAUAGUUCAUCAACUCAAAAUCAUAGUAAUGGCCAAUCAAAUGCAUGUAGUUAUUCAGCUACUGAAGGAGGAAGACAUUGUUACAGACAAGCAAUUGGUAGUGAAGGAUUGGUGGGCCAAGAUGGUGUUGAGCAGGCAAAUUCUAAGAGGGAAACAACUCUAGCUGAGAAAAAUUUAUGUGCUGAAAGAGAGGAUCCAUCUGAAUUCAUUACCCAUAGAGCUAAAGAUUUUCUCUCUAGCAUUAAGGACAUAGAACAUAAAUUCUUUAGAGCAUCAGAGUCCGGCAGGGAGGUCUCCAGAAUGCUUGAGGCAAACAAAAUCAAGGUUGGAUAUGCUGAGGCAAAAGGGAGUUCAUCACCUGCAGGAUUAUUGGAAGCAUUCCCGCUAGUUUGCUGCCGUAGGAAUAAUUUGCUAGUUUCUCACGAACCUGUAAAUCAUGUAACAAAGGUCAUUACUUGGAAGCGGACGACAUCUUCAAGGUCAUCUUCGUCUAGGAAUCCACUUACAGCAAAGGAUGAUGGUGAUGACAGCGGAAGUGAUUUUGUUGAAGAAUUCUGCAUGAUAGCAGGAAGUCAUUCCUCCACUCUGGACAGGUUGUAUGCUUGGGAAAGAAAACUCUAUGAUGAAGUAAAGGCCAGUGAAUCUAUUAGGAAGGAAUAUGAUCGGAAGUGUGAUCAGCUUAGGCACCAGUUUGCAAAGGACCAUAGUGCUCAAGUAAUUGACAAGACACGAGCAGUCGUGAAGGAUUUACACUCCCGAAUAAGAGUUGCCAUUCACUCUGUUGAUUCUAUUUCCCAGCGGAUUGAGAAAAUGAGAGAUGAGGAGUUGCAGCCACAACUCUCAGAAUUGGUUCAGGGGUUGAUUAGAAUGUGGAAGGCCAUGCUUGAAUGCCAUCACACCCAGUAUAUCACCAUCUCCCUGGCAUACCAUUCAAGGAGCUCAACUGGAAAUCCACAGAGUGAUAUCCGUAGAGAGAUACUAGUUCAGCUCCAGCAGGAAAUUGAAUGUUUUGGCUUGAGCUUUGCAAACUGGAUCAACAGUCUAACAUCUUAUGUUGAGUCUCUGAACAGUUGGCUGCAACUCUGUAUCCUACAACCCCGCGAGCGGAAGAGUAGGAGGCCAUUUUCCCCACGACGCUUCCUAGGCCCACCUAUCUUUGUUCUCUGUCGGGAAUGGUCAGUUGGGAUCAAAGCUUUACCAGCUGAGGAACUUAGCAAUGCCAUUAGAACCUUCUUGUAUGACUUGUGCCAUUUAUCAGAGGAACCAGCGGAACAACUUGAGAAGAAACAGAACCUCGUCAAUGAGAAAAAUGGAGAACAAGAAGCCAAAAUUGAUGAGAAAAGUGAGGUAUCUUCAAACUUGUCCUGCAUACAUACAAGCAUGACAAAGCUUCUUGAUAGACUGCACAAAUUUUCUGAGGCUUCCUUGAAAAUGUACGAGGAUGUAAGACAGAGGAGUGAAGCAACUCGAUUAGCCUAUUCCAGGUCAAUCUAGGAUUUUGAGCGCUGCCUGAUUAUUAAACAUAAGCAUCUCUUAUACUAUGUUUGGGAAUUGAUGUGUAAAUCUCAAAUCAUUGUUGCAAAUAGAUCUUCUUAAGGUAACAAUUUUGGGAAUGUGCAGUGUUUAGAGGAGGGUGGUAACAAGGCUCACCUUGCUCUUCAAUGAGUAGUGUCAAAUCUUUCACCAUCUCGCAGUCCAACUAAUGAGUUUGGAAUACAUUCAGUUAUUGCAUUCCGGUAAUUAAUUAAUUGUUUGGAAUACAUUC